AUGUCCCCUGAGUGCGCGCAGGCGGCGGGCACUGCGCCCGUGCGCAGCCUGGAGCGGGCCAACCGCACCCGUUUCCCGUUCUUCUCCGAUGUCAAGGGCGACCACCGGCUAGUGCUGAACGCCGUGGAGACCGUGGUGCUGGCACUCAUUUUUGUGGUGUCGCUGCUGGGCAACGUGUGCGCUUUGGUGCUGGUAGCGCGCCGACGGCGCCGCGGCACCACCGCCAGCCUGGUGCUCAAUCUUUUCUGCGCGGACCUGCUCUUCACCAGCUCCAUCCCGCUCGUGCUGGUUGUGCGCUGGACGGAGGCCUGGCUCCUGGGCCCGGUUGCCUGCCACCUGCUCUUUUACAUGAUGACCCUGAGCGGCAGCGUCACCAUCUUCACGCUGGCGGCAGUCAGCUUGGAGCGCGUGGUGUGCAUCGUGCGCGUGCAGCGUGGCGCGCGGGGCCCAGGGCGGCGGGCGCGGGCCGCGCUGCUCGCGCUGAUCUGGGGCUACUCGACGAUGACCGCGCUGCCCCUCUGCAUCUUCUUCCGCGUCCUCCCGCAGCGGUUACCCGGCGCUGACCAGGAAAUUCUGAUUUGCACGCUGGUUUGGCCCAGUAUUGGCGGAGAAAUCACCUGGGAUGUGUCAUUUGCUAUUUUCAACUUCUUGGUACCAGGACUGCUUAUUGUGAUCAGUUACUCCAAAAUUUUACAGAUCACGAAGGCAUCCAGGAAGAGGCUAACGAUGAGCCUGGCCUACUCAGAGAGCCACCAGCUGCGUGUGUCCCAGCAGGACGUCCGGCUCUUCCGCACCCUCUUUCUGCUCAUGGUGUCCUUCUUCAUCAUGUGGAGUCCCAUCAUCAUCACCAUCCUCCUCAUCCUGAUCCAGAACUUCAAGCAGAACCUGGUCAUCUGGCCGUCCCUCUUCUUCUGGGUGAUGGCCUUCACGUUUGCCAACGCGGCCGUCAACCCCAUUCUCUACAACAUGUCCCUGUUUAGGAACGAGUGGAGGAGGUUUUUUCACUGCUGUUUCUUCUUGGAAAAGGGGGCCAUGUUGACAGACACGUCUGUCAGGAGAAAUGACCUGUCUGUCAUUUCCAGCUAGUUCAUUUUUCUCUACAGGCAUCUAUGUGUCCCUCUCUGGCCAGCCGUGGUGUGUUUUCAAAGGGAGAUCGUUUCCACGACCCUCAGCACCAGGGUACCUGCUCUCAGAAAAUAUAACCUAUGCAAAUGCCCAUUUUCAGCACCGGUAAAUUAAGAGGGUAAUCAUUCAGUAUAACAGUUUUAUCCUGUAUAGAAAGAUUUGCAGUGGGUUCCUUUUCAAUGUGAACUUCUUCGGUGUGAAAUAUGAUUAAAUGUAUUAAGUUUUGUUUGUGACUGUUCAGCAAUCUCAUCUCCUAUAUGUGAAGCCACGCUGCGCAGGCUUCUGAAGUGAGGCUUGGGCUCAUGACUCAAUCUUCUCCUCGAAGAGUCACAGCCACCCUCGCUCCCCACCCCUGGACUUGCAAGGCCGCAGGAUCAUUCAUCAGCGUGAAGAGUGCUUGAGGAGUUUCCAAGGAACAAGACUUUCAUUUCCGAGGAAUUAAAGGUGACUUUGUUCGUCAUUGAUAAUAGGAGAAGCUUUGUCAUGAAGUCACAGCGGAGGUCGGAUGACUGUAAACAUUUGAAAGUCAGAGCAGGGGUGACUCCCUUCAUUGAUCCGCCUGUCAGAUGCCUCUUAAGUACAUGCUGUGGGCGGUGUUCUUGGCGGUGGGAAUGCAUCAGUGAACCAGACAGCCACAGACCGUGUCCUCACGGAGCUCACUUACCUUCCAGGUGGGGCAGAGAAACACCAAACAUGUCAAGAGAUCGUAUAGUGUUUCAGAGGGAAUUAACAUUAUGAAGAAAAUGGGAGAGUGAUGACAGUUUAGAUGGAGGGUUGAAGGGUCUGGGAAGACCUUUCUGAGGGGUGAUAUUUGAGCCAAAAGGGCAAACCACAAGCAGGAAGCAGUCAUGUGAAUCCGGGGAAUGAGGCUUUGCAGACGGAGCAGACCCUGGUGCUGGUGCAAAGAGGCUUGUGUGCUUGUGGGACAGAAAGACUGGUGUGCACAAAGCGAACUACUGACAGAGCCUCCUCUAGGCCAGGCCCUGUCCUUGAAACCAGAACAGAGGGAUGCUCUGCUGGAGGCCAUCAAUGGGGACGAGAGGGGUUACAGGGCUGGCUUACACUGGGCUAGGGAGGCUGCCGUCGGAAUUUGUUCUGUAUUCAGUGGACAGCCCCUGGAGAUUUGCAUUUGGAUGCGGAUAUGACCUGCUAUUUGUUUUGCCCUGUUCAGGAAAUGCACUUUGUGGAGCAAGAAUGAAAAUGGACACCAGUUAGGCAGCUGCCAAAGUAAAGAAGGAAGAUGGGGAAGUUGGAGGUGGAUGACAUUGCUGUUGUUGUUCAGUCAUGUUCAACUCUUCACGACCCCAUGGACUACAGCAUGCGAGGCUACCCUGUCCCUCACCAUCUUCUGGACAUCAAUGGGGGAUUGUGAGACAUGAUCUUGGGCAUCCUUUGGGAAGGCAGAGCGAACAUGAUUUAUAGAUUGACAGGAUACAGAAUAUGAGGGAAAGAGAGGAUUCAGCAGAGACUCCUGACAGCCAUAGGAUGGAGGGCAGGCAGCAAAAAUGGGGACGGCUAGGAGGAUGAGUCCAUCCUAAAGGAGAUCAGUCCUGGGUGUUCAUUGGAAGGACUGAUGCUGAAGCUGAAACUCCAAUACUUUGGCCACCUGAUGCGAAGAGCUGACUCAUUUGAAGAGACCCUGAUGCUGGGAAAGAUUGAGGGCAGGAGAAGGCGACGACAGAGGAUGAGAUGGCUGGAUGGCAUCACCGACUCAAUGGACAUGGGUUUGGGUGGACUCUGGGAGUUGGUGAUGGACAGAGAGGCCUGGUGUGCUGCGGUUCAUGGGGUCGCAAAGAGUCGGACACAACUGAGCGGUCAGUUCACGACUGAACUGAACUGAACUGAGGAGGAUAAAAGGUAGAAGAACCAAGAGUUUCAUGUGGGGCAUUUGCAUGUGAAACCCCAGUGAGAACCAAAUGGAGAGCCAGUAGGUGGAUGCAGGGCUGUGGUGCAUACACAGCCUGGUGAUACAGGCCUGAAGAUCAGUGCUGGGAGUCAUCAGAUAAUGUUUGCAGAUCUAUGGUUUUACGAAAUAAAAAGAGAAAAAACCAGAGCCAGAGAGAACCCAGGGACACGCCAGCACUUGGAAGCUGGGAGAAUGGCUGGAACAGUAGCUUGGGGCCUGGUGCAUAGUAUGGGCGCAACCAGUCUUUGUCACCCAGGAAGUCAGAGCCAGUAGUCUUUGCUGGUGGAAUUUCUUGAGCAGCUCACUUUUGAAGUAAGAUUUAUCACAAGCUUGAGGACAAGAGGACAGGGAUCCUUUGUUCAUCUUUAGUUAAUAAAUUUGGUCAAUUAAAUUUGC